AUGACCGACAGCCAGACAACAAGCACGACGGGCACCUCAGAAGGUACUGCAUCCUCACACUCAGAACUGUUUGGGCUUCCAGGCCAGAAGAGAGCCUCGACCACCGCCGGCGCCGGAGCAGGAUCAGGCAUUAUCGGAACGAGUGGGCACGCCGGCGCGGCGAACAAGAGUGUCGAACUGGACCCGGGAAGCGAGGUUCAGAACACUGGGGGGGUUGCUGGCGUUGCCGAGGGAGGGAAGAGCAGCACCGUCACAGGAUCUGGCGGCGAGACUCUAACUCCCAGUCAAGGAAGUGGAGAUGUUCGGCCGGCGGGGCAAGAGAAGGGCAUCAUUGACAAGUUGAAUCCAUUGAAGUGA